AUGCGUGCCACCCGAGAACAGCUGGUGCUUUUAAAUAGCAAUAUGUCAAAGCUCUCUGAACGUGUGGAAACCUGUGAGAACCGCAUUGACUCGCUAUGCGCUCGUAUGAACGAACAAGAGCGUUUAAUAGACGAGAAGUCGGAUAGCUCCUUGUUAUCGGUUAUCGAACAAUUGAAGGCGGGAAUUAACGAGAGAGACCAGGAACUUCUGAUGAAUGAUAUACAAUUUUCCUGUGUGCCAGAACAAAAAGGCGAAAAUCCCCUGCAUAUAGUCAUAUCAUUAGCUAAUAAGUUGGGGGUGAGUUUAUCAGAGACGGACGUUGUCAGCUGUGAACGCUUGGGCCGUUCUCCUGAAUCCGUUAUAGAGGUUAGUCCAACCAUUCGCCCUCGUCUUAUCGUGGUGCGCUUAGCGCGACGCGCGCUGCGCGACCAAUUACUGCAAGCGGCGCGCGUACGGAGAGGAGCUACUACCGAAGGCGUUGGCGUCCCUGGCCCAUCUCGCCGGUUCUAUGUCAACGAAAGGUUAACGAAAAUCAAAAUAGACAGCUGUUCCGGCAGGCCCGUGAAAAUGCUCAGCGUUCCCACUGGAGGUUUGUUUGGACCAAAGAUGGCAGAAUAUAUGUGCGGCAACGGCAGGAUGGAGAUUCCCCACGUCAUCGAAUUCGAACCGCUGCUGACU